AAACAUAACAGCUUAAGGCUCAAUAGUGGUAUCAGAGCCCCUCUCUCUCAAACGAGAAUUUCCAAUACCCAUGGCCUCCUCCAACAGCACCACCCCUGCAGUCGAUGAAACAACCCCCAAUUCCGCUGCCACUUUCCUCACUCCAACCAAUCGAGGCCCUAUCUCUUUCAACGCUAUGGCCACUGACCCACUUUACCAUCCUUGGGCUCAACAGGACCAGCUCCUUCGUCAUGCUCUCAUUACCUCUGUCUCUGAGAGCAUCACACCCUAUAUUGCUGCUGCUCCCACCGCUCAACAUGCAUGGGAAACUCUUGAGAAACUCUAUGCCAACCCUAUUGCUGAUGAACUAGGAACUGUUGAUCGCCUCCUCACAGAUGACGAUCUCACUAUCUACAUCCUAAAUGAAUUGGGCCCUGAGUUUCAUGAAAUUGUAGCCUCCCUUCAUACUCGUGACUCCUCUUUGUCUUUUGAUGAUCUCCAUGAUCGGCUGGUGGCCCAUGAAGAGAGCCUAAAACGAGAUGAACCCAAACUUGACUCCUCUCCGGUGAGUGCCAUGUUUGCUGCUUUUCCUAACUCACAAACUGUUGCAGGCUCCUCUUCCUCCUCUUCAUCUGCUGGUCCACUUGGUGGUCGACUUGCUCAAAGCAGUAGGAGCUCUCGUAAUGGCCCAAUCUCAAGCCAGCCCACUAUCAACAGAAGGCGUGGUCCUUUCCCUCGGUUCCCCAACAGGCCUGCACCCAUCAUUUGCCAGCUUUGUGGUACCCCUGGUCAUUCUGCUCGAACUUGUUCCCUCUUUUGGACACAACAAGGCCCUCUUGCUAGCAUGGCUACAUCCUCUAUUGGGUCCCCUGAUACUUGGCUUUUGGAUUCUGGAGCUUCUCACCAUGUCACUACUGACCUGGCCAACCUUGCAUUAGACUCUGAAUAUCAUGGACCAGAUGAACUCCAAAUAGGCGAUGGAACAGGAUCGGGCAACGGGGGCGACGAUGGCACGAGGUCCAAACGUUCAUGGGACAUAUCAACUUCUCGAAAAAAAUCAGAAUUAGGCCUACUGCCUUAGUAGGAGAAAGAGUUUCAUUAGUAAAUUGGCAUUGUCGCU